UAGACCGGAAACAGCGAUGAGGUGAGCGGAAGUAAAAGUUGCAAGAUGGCGGCGCAAGUGGAGUUGUUGCGGCUGUGGAGUUUCCCGCCUGACGUCAGUCCAGGUGACCUCCUGCUGUGCGAGUCCCAGCUGACUUCACUUUUCCACGACGACCAGGACCCCCAGGACCCCCCGACACUCCUCUUCACCCCGCGGAGGCCCGCCGCGAGCAGCACGGCCGCCAUUGUGGUGUGCGUGCAGGCGCUGAGCGAGAAGGUGGCGGACCUCCGCGGGGGAGGACAAGUCCCGCACGGCCGACUCAGGCUCUUCGCCAGCGGCUUCUUCUUGCGGCUACACGGCCUCCGGGCGGCGGGCAGUGGCGGGACGGUGAGGCCCGUGGUGCCCGUCACCAUUGACCGUGUGGUGCUCGGAGCCCGCAGAGGACCUCGCCUGGACCGGGACAACGCGGUCAGGCUCACCGCUGACCUGCUGGAGCUGUGCCGGCCUGGACGCUGUCUGCUGGCCCGCCAAGGAGAGCCGCUGGUCGUGGAGGACUCUGGACAGGUGGAGCUGCUGGUGUUGGCCUGCAGUCCAGUCACACAAGGUCGCAUCACCGCCGACACCUCCGUGGUUCUGGUGGACUGUCGGGAUUGGUGGGACCCGCCCCUUUACAAGGCCCCGCCCCCCAGGAUUCUCCAGCUGUGCGCCUCAGGCUUUGCUCACGAUGCAGCGAGCCUGGGAGGGGGCGGGUCACUCCUGGACAACUCCGGGACCCGCGGCGUCCCUUUGGAGCAGGAGUGGCGGCUGGACGCCAGCGUGAGGGAUGGCGGGCGAUGGCUGCAGGCGUACAAAGGUCGCCCUGGCGACUUGGACGCCGGCUUGUUUGUCAGCAGACGUGUGCUGAUCAAGUUAGGACUGUUUGAUGGAGAGUGGGUCAGGCUGUGCUUAGCGGGCCGACCCGACAGGUGGCGUGCGGCGGUCGUGACGACACUGGACGCCAGAGACACGCCAGGUGACCAUCAGGACGCCAGACACACGGCAGGUGACCAUCAGGACGUCAGAGACACGGCAGGUGACCAUCAGGACGCCAGAGACACGGCAGGUGACCAUCAGGACGCCAGAGACACGGCAGGUGACCAUCAGGACGCCAGAGAUACGUCAGGUGACCAUCAGGACGCCAGAGACACGUCAGGUGACCAUCAGGACGCCAGAGACACGUCAGGUGACCAUCAGGACGCUGUCAUCUCGGAAACCUUUUGGUUUAAUCUGACUGCAGGAGAAGAGCAGACUGUGAGCUGCUGCAGCCUCACAUUGAAGAGGUGGCGGCGACCACAAGAUGGCGGCGGUCCUUCCAAUUCUCCCUGUCGCUCGGCCCGGCCGCCAUUUGCCAGCGAGCUACACGUCCGGCCGGUGGCGUCGCCGCUCUCUGGGCCGCCGUGUUGCUAUGACGACCUGCUGGCGGAACACUUUAGCAUCAGCAGACUGGUCUCGCUCGGAGAUGUCCUGGUUGUUCCGUGUCCGGACCGGCUGGACCCUAGCUCGCUCAGGUGCCCUGCGGUGUUCUUCAAGGUGCAGAAGGUGUGUCCUACUGAGAGAGAGCAAAUGGGAGGAGCUUACCUGGCUGACCGAGCGCACACCUCCCUUUUCAUGGGCCCACCGCUCAACAGCAUGGUGCCGUGGAGCGCUCCUUGUCCUGCGGGCUUGGACCAGACGCUGGACGCCAUCACCCGCGUGCUCCUGCCCCACCGCCACAGUGCUCUGCCGGCCUGCACGCUCCUUCUGCACGGCCCGGCAGGAAGUGGUAAAGUGAGGGCGGUCAGCGCGGCGACCUCCAGGCUCCACCUCCACCUGCUUAAGGUGGACUGUGUGAGUGUGUGCAGCGACACCCCCGCUGCCCUGGAGGUCAAACUGAUGUCGCUCUUCCAGCGGGCAGAAGGCGUGCGGCCCUGCGUCCUCCUGCUCAGGAACCUGCACCUCCUCCUGCCGCCUGGAAGGGGCGCCCUCCAGGACGGCCGGGUGCAGGCGGCACUGCUCCGCAUGCUGAAGAGCACCGCCCACGGAGUGUCAGUGGUGGCCACAGUGGUGAGACAGGAGGAGUUGUCUGCAGGCGUCAUGGCGGCCUUUGUCCAGCAGGUGGCCAUGGAGACCCCCAGUGAGGCGCAGCGUGUGUCCAUGCUUAGCUCACUAAGCCAGGACCUGGGUCUGGCCAGGGAUGUCAGCCUGGAGAGAGUGGCCCAAGUCACCGCUGGCUGGACUCUUGGGGACUUGAGCGCCCUGCUGGCGGAGGCGGGCAGAGCGGCCUGCAGGCGACUUGUCCUCGCCUGUCCAGGGCGGCGGGAAGAGGACUUGUGCUUCAGUGGCGUGACCAUCCAAAAGCAGGACGUCCUCUCGGCCCUGCGCACCUUGCAGGAUGUGCGCUCUGACGCCGUGGGCGCCCCCAAGAUUCCUGAAGUGCGCUGGGAAGACGUGGGCGGCCUCCAGCAGGUCAAGAAGGACAUCUUGGACACCGUCCAACUUCCUCUACUACGUCCGGAGCUCUCCUCCCUCAACCUCAACCGGACCGGAAUUCUCCUCUACGGUCCGCCGGGCACCGGAAAAACUCUACUGGCCAAGGCUGUGGCCACCGAGUGCGCCAUGACCUUCCUCAGUGUGAAAGGUCCGGAACUUCUCAACGCGUAUGUGGGCCAGAGCGAGGAGAACAUCAGGACAGUGUUCCACAGAGCGCGCUCGGCGGCGCCCUGCGUGGUCUUCUUUGACGAGCUGGACUCUCUGGCCCCCAGCAGGGGGCGCCAAGGGGACAGUGGCGGGGUGAUGGACAGGGUGGUUUCUCAGCUGCUGGCGGAGAUGGACGCUCUGCCCUGGUCCGCACGGGUCUUUGUGAUCGGCGCCACCAACCGACCCGACCUGCUGGACCCCUCGCUGCUGCGGCCCGGGAGGUUGGACAAGCUGGUCUACGUGGGGAUGAACCAGGACCGCAGUUCUCAGCUCCAGGUUCUCCAGGCCAUCCUCAGAAACUUCCACUUGGACCCGGCUGUGGACCUGCUGCAGGUGCUGGACCGCUGCCCCGCCCUCAUGAGCGGCGCAGACCUCUACGCUCUGUGUUCGGACGCCAUGACGGCCGCCAUCAAGAGCAGGAUCUCCCUAGUCCGGCAGGGUCUCCAGUCCCAGGACUCGCCCCUCCGCCUCUCCAUGGACCACUUUGCAGCCGCACUGGACGCCUUCUGUGCCUCGGUUUCCCAGCAGGAAUUGCUGAGGUACACAAACCUUCAACGUGUGCUGACCUCAGGCGCCACGCAUCAUGGCACCUGACCGUGUGUGUAUGUAUGUAUGUGUGUGUGUGUGUGUAUAUAUAUAUAUAUAUAUAUAUAUAUAUAUAUAUUAGAAUAAUAUUAUAUAUCUAUGUAUUCAUAUAAAGUACAAACCCCGUUUCCAUAUGAGUUGGGAAAUUGUGUU